AUGAAAAUGAACGAUUACUAUUCUGUCUUGUUUGAUACAACUGCACUACGAGUGAGUGUUGAGAACCAAAUAAACUCUAGUUUCAUAUAGGCUGUAGAAGUAAAACAACAAGUUAUCCGCGUCGAGGAGGACUACACAGCGGUGUCUUCUGUUGUACAUGACAAGGUCCCCUAAAUCAAGCUGCAAUUCUGCAUUGUAACCAGUCUUCAGAGAUGUCUUCCACACUUCCAAACAGCCCCCUGACCACCUAUGUGUUGAACACAGGUGACGGAGUCCCAGGGGCAAGAAUGGCCCUCAGUCUGCACCGACUGGACUCACUCCUAGUCAUCUGGAACCUGGUGACUGUGGGAACCACCGACGAAGAUGGUCGCUGUCCUGGACUCAUCACUACAAAAGCGUUCACGCCUGGGAUGUAUAAAAUGCGAUUUGAGACUGGAAAAUAUUGGGAGAGUUUGGGUCAGAACUCCUUCUACCCAUAUGUUGAGAUUGUCUUCACUAUAACAAACCCCAACGAGAGAUUCCACUUGCCCCUGCUCCUGAGCCGCUUCUCCUAUAGCACGUACAGGGGAAGUUAGAGCCAUCUCUCGUCUGAGCCUCUGCCCGCACUAUACCAUGGAUGUGGUUAAUCGAGCUAAAAUGCUUACAUGUCCAGUUGAUACCUAAGUGGUCGAGUUACUGUAGUUUGAAAUAGUCAUAAUGAUGAACUGAAGUCAAAUGGCUAUCACGUACUGAAUAUUUAGCUUUUUGCCUGUUCAUCAUGAAUGUACACAUUUUGUAAUCUACCUGUCAAAUUGCUCAUCCAUGAUGCAAUGUGCGUGUGUGUUUCUCAGCCAAUCACAGAGCAAGAUCGAGCUCCGCAGAAAGACUCAAAGUCGUCCUAUUCGCGCAUAAAUGAAAUAAAGUUAAUUAAAUCUGUAAACUUGUAAUUAUUGAA